AUGGCUGACAAACAACCUAGCCGCGGAAUGGUCGCUUUUUCAGUCACCUUCUACAUCACCACAGCGCUGGUAAUGGUCUUCGUGAACAAGUGGGUAUUGAAUAGCGUCGAUUUACCUUUUUCUUUACUUUGGUUCCAAGUUACUUUUGCGGUAAUUCUCUUACAUAUCUCGGCAGCUUUUGGUCUCUUUAAACUACCGACAAUACAAAAGGAUAUAUGCGUUGGUCUAUGGCCACUUGUCCUCAUCAAUGUUUUGGGUUUAAGUUUUAAUACAGUGUGUCUACAAUAUGUAGAUGCUAGUUUCUAUCAGGUCGCUCGUGCAUUGGUGCUUCCAUUUACAGUUUUAUUUUCUCAAGCUG